AUGACCACCACAACAACCACUGACGGUCACCUUGAUCCUCAGGCCAUUAAUGCUACCCAGCGAGCGCGAUGGGCCACCCAGAGAAAAAGCGUCAAUAGCAGCAACAACAAGCGCAACUCCCUAAUGAACCGCAUCGGACACAAGAAGACAGGCUCGAAUGAGAAGAACUCACCACCCUCCGACGGUUCCGAUCCGCCCGGUGACGACCAACCAACUCACGACGCUGCCGAGAACCACGACGAUGAUGUAGAGGAGGAGGAUAAUGAGAACCGAACGCUCUUUUUCAAUCAACCUCUGCCGGAAGAGCUUGUCGACGAGAAUGGUCACCCCAUCCAGUCCUUCACGCGUAACAAGAUUCGAACGGCCAAGUAUACACCCAUAUCCUUCGUGCCCAAGAACCUGUGGUUCCAGUUCCACAAUGUCGCCAACAUUUUCUUCUUGUUCCUGGUUAUCCUGGUCAUCUUCCCCAUCUUUGGCGGCGUGAAUCCCGGCCUGAACGCUGUUCCCCUGAUCUUCAUCAUCACUGUCACGGCUAUCAAGGAUGCCAUCGAAGAUUACCGAAGAACCAUUCUCGAUAUCGAGCUUAACAAUGCCCCGGUUCAUCGACUGCGAAACUGGACAAAUGUCAACGUCCUCGAGGGAGACGUCUCCGUCUGGCGACAGUUCAAGAAAGCCAACUCGCGCUUUUUCGGUCUCAUCUGGCGCUCUACCCAGAGCCUGUGGUCCAAGAAGGCCAAGGAGGAGCUGGCCAAGCGGAAGAUGGGCCCAUCGCAGGAGGAUGCUCCUCGCCCCUCUGUUGAAUCGCAUCGUACCAGACGAUCUGUGCGCGGGUCUAUCGCUUCACCUUUCACGAACCGCGAGUCUUUCAUGUCCGCCCGCGAGGAUAUUCAGAUGACCCCCGUUCCAUCCCCGUCGCCCCAGGCUACGGGCCCGCAUAUUCAGAUCCAGCUUCCCGACCAGCAGGACGCCAAGCGUUCAGCGGCUCUCGCACAGAUGAAGUCGGAUUUCAUCAACUAUACUCAUCCCGCCGCUGGCGCUCGAUUCCAAAAGGAUGCCUGGAAGAGCCUGGUUGUGGGCGAUUUUGUGCGAAUUUACAAUGACGAGGAGCUUCCUGCCGACAUCAUUAUUCUUUCCACCUCUGACCCCGAUGGAGCCUGCUAUGUUGAGACCAAGAACUUGGAUGGUGAGACCAACCUCAAGGUCCGCCAGGCUGUGCGCUGUGGCCGAUCUCUCAAGCACGCCCGUGACUGCGAACGCGCCGAAUUCGUUAUCGAGAGCGAGGCUCCCCAACCCAACCUGUACAAGUACAACGGUGCCAUCAAGUGGCAGCAGAUUGUGCCUGGCUAUGCUGACGACGAGCCCGAGGAUAUGACGGAGCCCAUCACUAUUGACAAUCUCCUUCUACGUGGUUGCAACCUCCGAAACACCGAAUGGGUUCUUGGUGUGGUGGUCUACACUGGUCACGACACCAAGAUUAUGCAGAAUGCCGGUAUUACCCCUAGUAAGCGCGCACGAAUUGCCCGAGAGAUGAACUUCAACGUUGUCUGCAACUUUGGUAUCCUGCUCAUCAUGUGUCUCCUGUCCGCUAUCGUCAACGGCGUCGCAUGGGCAAAGACGGAUGCCUCGCUCUACUUUUUCGAUUUCGGCUCUAUUGGUGGAAAACCCGCUAUGAGUGGUUUCAUCACCUUCUGGGCUGCUAUCAUUCUCUUCCAGAACUUGGUUCCCAUCUCCCUCUACAUCACUCUGGAAAUCGUUCGAACCCUGCAGGCCAUCUUCAUCUUCAGCGAUGUGGACAUGUACUACGAAAAGAUCGACCAGCCUUGUAUUCCCAAAUCCUGGAACAUCUCGGAUGACGUUGGCCAAAUCGAGUACAUCUUCUCCGACAAGACCGGUACACUCACCCAGAACGUCAUGGAGUUCAAGAAGGCCACGAUCAAUGGACAGCCUUACGGAGAGGCUUAUACCGAAGCCCAGGCUGGAAUGCAGAAGCGACUUGGUGUCGAUGUUGAGAAGGAAGCUGAGAGGAUCCGAGUCGAGAUCGCUGACGCCAAGGUUCGCGCAAUUGCCGGCCUUCGGAGAAUUCAUGACAGCCCGUACCUUCACGAUGAGGACGUCACCUUCAUUGCCCCCGAUUUCGUUUCCGACCUGGCUGGCGAGCACGGCCCCGAACAGCAACAGGCCAACAACUACUUCAUGCUUGCUCUGGCUCUUUGCCAUACCGUUAUUGCUGAAAGGAUCGAUGGUGAUUCGCCCAAGAUGAUCUUCAAGGCUCAGUCUCCCGAUGAGGAAGCUCUUGUCUCUACCGCUCGUGAUAUGGGUUUCACAGUUCUCGGCCACUCGGGCGAAGGCAUCAACCUGAACGUUUUGGGUGAGGACCGGCAUUACCAGAUUCUCAACACGAUCGAGUUCAACUCGAGCCGUAAGCGAAUGAGUUCAAUUGUGCGAAUGCCCGAUGGUCGUAUUGUUCUGUUCUGCAAGGGUGCCGACAGUGUCAUCUACGCUCGCCUCAAGCGGGGAGAGCAGAAGGAGCUCAGGAAGGAAACAGCUGAACACCUGGAGAUGUUUGCCCGAGAAGGUCUCCGUACCCUCUGCAUUGCCCACAAGGAAAUUUCUGAGCAAGAGUAUCGAACCUGGAAGAAGGAGCACGACGCUGCUGCUUCUGCACUUGAAGACCGAGAGGAGAAGCUCGAGGCUGUGGCUGAGCUGAUUGAGCACGAUCUCUACUUGAUUGGUGGUACUGCUAUUGAGGAUCGUCUGCAGGAUGGUGUGCCUGACACUAUUGCCCUCCUGGGUGACGCUGGUAUCAAGCUCUGGGUUCUCACAGGCGACAAGGUCGAGACUGCCAUCAACAUCGGCUUCUCAUGCAACCUGCUCAACAACGACAUGGAACUGAUUCACUUGAAGGUGGAAGAGGAUGAGGCUGGAGAAGUGACUGACGACACCUUCCUCGACAUGGCGGAGAAGUUGCUGGACGACAACCUGAAGACUUUCAACAUCACGGGCAGCGACGAGGACCUCGCCCAUGCCAAGAAGAACCACGAGCCUCCUGCACCUACUCACGGACUGGUCAUUGAUGGAUUUACACUUAGAUGGGUCCUCAACGACCGUCUGAAGCAAAAGUUCCUCUUGCUCUGCAAGCAGUGCAAGUCGGUUCUUUGCUGCCGAGUCAGUCCCGCUCAGAAAGCUGCUGUCGUCGCCAUGGUCAAGAAUGGUUUGGAUGUUAUGACGCUCUCAAUCGGUGAUGGUGCCAACGAUGUCGCCAUGAUCCAAGAGGCUGAUGUCGGUGUCGGUAUCGCUGGUGUCGAAGGUCGCCAGGCCGCUAUGUCUUCCGAUUAUGCCAUUGCUCAGUUCCGGUUCCUUCAGAGACUUGUACUUGUCCACGGUCGUUGGUCUUACCGCCGCCUGGCCGAGAGUAUCAGCAACUUCUUCUACAAGAACAUGGUGUGGACGUUCGCCAUCUUCUGGUACGGCCUUUACUGCGACUUCGACAUGACCUAUCUCUUCGACUACACCUACAUUCUCAUGUUCAACCUGUUCUUCACCUCGGUGCCCGUCGCCAUUAUGGGUGUGCUGGAUCAAGAUGUUUCUGACAAGGUAUCGUUGGCCGUUCCUCAGCUCUACCGCCGAGGUAUUGAGCGACUGGAGUGGACCCAGCUCAAGUUCUGGCUCUACAUGGUUGACGGUGUCUACCAGUCGGUUAUGGUCUUCUUCAUCCCCUACUUGCUCUUCGAGCCAGGUAUCGUUGUGACCGGCAACGGACUCGGUGUGGAGGACCGUCUCCGGUUCGGUGCCUACAUUGCUCACCCGGCCGUCAUCACGAUCAACAUGUACAUCUUGAUCAACACGUACCGAUGGGACUGGCUCAUGGUGCUCAUUGUCGUUAUCAGCGACGUGUUCAUCUUCUUCUGGACCGGAGUGUACACGUCCUUCACUUCAUCCGACUUCUUCUACGGAACCGCCGCCCAGGUGUACCAAGAAGCGUCGUUCUGGGCCGUCUUCUUCCUGGUGCCCGUCAUCUGCCUCUUCCCUCGAUUUGCUAUCAAGGCUCUCCAGAAGGUGUACUGGCCUUACGAUGUCGAUAUUAUCCGUGAGCAAGAGAGGAUGGGCAAGUUUGCUUAUCUGACGGAGAAGGAGGAGUCAAACGACCCUCUCACAGCCGACACCAAGAGCGACAAGUCCAAGUCGUCUAAGAGCUCGAGGAAGUCGAGGAAGGCAGCCAAGCACAUGGCGUAUGGAAGCGUCGACGAGGACCUGCGACCAAUCUACCCACCUUCGACGGCGACGCGAACCACAACGUAUAAUCAACAUAGCCAGAAUGGCAGUGACUCGACUAAUUACACGGGUCCUCGCAUGUCGAUGGAUGUUCCCAUGCAGGCUCGGCCGUCUAUUGACCGUGCCCGGCCAUCAUAUGAUCGCGUCCGAGCAUCGAUGGACAGGGUACGGCCCAGCUUCGAGGCCAGCAGCGACUUCACCUCAGCCGCACGAUUAUCAAGGAUUGAGUCAAGUCAAUCACAAGGCGGCCGGUUUCGCCCCCGACUCCGCGGUCUGUCGCUAACCAAGAGCGCCAACGUCUAA